CUUGAAUUUGGGCGACCUUGCAGACGAUAGCUUUGGAUGAAAGGUUUCUUUAGAAGAUUAACAUGGCUCUCAAUGAUGGUACAGUUAUGGACUUGGACAGACUGAUUCAGAGUUGUGAAUUUGAAAACAAGCAGUAUGUGAAGUUAAUAGAAAAAGAGAAUCAGCAAACUGAAGCCUAUGAAAGAGAAAUUGAGGAGAGGGAAAGGGAAACAUUCAAGCUGGAAGCAGCUAUUUCUCAACUUGAUGAGGACACAAAACGUGCUCACAAACAGUUUACCCUGAACAGAGACAACUGUGAAAGUCUGAGGAAGACGAUGGUGGUCCUAAUGGAGCAUGAAGUGGCCCUCAACAGAAAGCUGAACUGCCUCAUUGCCAAUGGAGAAGAUGAAAGACUCCAGCAUGAAGGUGUGGUGAAACACUAUGAAGACAUCUAUGCUGACUAUAUGGUGAAGUACAAGACAUUUCCCUUAGUGAAGGAUCUGGCAGUGUACCGGGAGCAGAUAGCUGCCAAGGAACAAAUCCUGCAAGCAACUGAAGAUAAAAUCAACACUCUAAAGAGACAGAUUGAUGAGGCACAAGGAGGAUCAGAGGUCAGCUUUAAAAACCUGAACAAAUUCAUCAUCAAGCUUGCUGAGAUGAAGCUGGACACCGAACAUGCUGUGUUGGAGAAGACUCAGUUUGAGGCCGAGCUGGGGGAGAUUCAAGAGAAGCACUCCAGACAAGAGGAGGAAACAGAUGUAAUAGCUAGACAGGGGACUGAUGAACAGCCAGCCAACAUUUCUGAUGACAGCUUUGGAGAAGAUAUGUCCACCAUGAUAGGAAUCUACAACAACAAGGCUGAAACUGGUGUGAAUAUCAACAACUCUGCAGAGAUUCAAGAGCUAACUGUUAGCAUGAACACGCAGUCACUUCCUGCAUGUGAUGUUGUGAUGAAGAGUAUUCACCAGCAAGCAUCGACACCUCAACUGACAACUGCUGAAGAGAUCCCAGUGACUAGAAUGUCUGAGAUCCAUAUCAAUGCUUCUCUACUCUCUCCCAGCUUACAGACAAGGGCCCCUCCCUCUUCGCCUGCUGAACAAAAUAUAACACCUGUUCCUGUUGCUAAUGACAGCACACAGAGCAGGGUCUCACCUCUUGUUAUGAGGAUGGGGACACAAAGCAUUACCACACCCACCUCACACUCACCGCAGUCUACCAGCUUUAGGUCACCCCAGGCAGUUUUUAUGCCAAGUUUUAUAUCUAAGGAGACAAAAUCACAGCUCCACCCAGGACACUCAAGAUCGUUCAUUCCGAAGACAGUACACUCACCUCAGAUCCCACACUUUCCAAAAUCUACAUCUGUGCCUGCUCUCAAAGUGAAACAUGGCGUCAACUCUAUCCAGUCAUCGGGCAAACAGUCAGGACCUUCCUUGGUCAUACCUGUAAGGGAGCAGAAAAGACACUCAGCAUCUGUCCCUAGGUUGCCAAUAGUACUGAACCAGAUCCGAGUACCAGCAAAACAAGCACCUGUUCCUCCAUCUACUCCAGAAGGUCAAAAAAGCACAGAAGCAGUUGGCGCAUCUCGAUUCCUGUCUCCAAUCAGUGAGCCUCAACCUCAUCACUACCCUUCAUAUCCAAAUCUGACUGCCCCACGAAAAUUGGAUGCUGGCCCAGUGGGACACCCCAUGUCCAUUGUGGAACACACAUCCACCACACCUGUAACAUCCCAUCAUUUUGAUAAGCCAGGUGAGGUUUCAGGUCCCAGCAAGAGUCCCCAGGAAGCACCCGAUAAUGUUGUCAUGGAGAGCCCUGACAGAUCAAAGCCAUGUCCGACCACUCCAGGCCAGACUGUGGAAUAUCAAAUUGAUCCAGAGAGUCCAUUUGACCUGGAGAAACACCUUCAGAAGGUCAACUCCCUGGCCAAGUCCCCGGGAGGACCGAUGUACACCCAGAGACCAAUGUUUACGGGUGAUGGGGCACAAAUUGAGAGUAAAAGUCCAGGUCCAUUUCUACAGACUUUCAGUUCAGGGGAAACUCACUCACUCAACAAGUCAUCGAGUGAUGGCAGAUCAGAGGUUGACCAGCUGAUGUCGAGCAUGUUCAGUUCUUCUCCUGAUACUCCUCUGUCUGGGAAUCUGUUCCAGGCACAAGAUAAGACGGACCACCCUGAAACAGCAGAAACAAGUUUUAUCUUCAGUAGAGGAUCUGAGCGAAGCGAUCGUUCAAGUUCCUUCCUGUCCAUGUUUGAGUCACCAACCAGAGGAGCCAGAACACCACAAAACUUCAGUUUCAAUUUUGGCAGUGACAACACUCCUACACCGAACAAGUCCGAUUUUGCCUUUUCCUUCGGCAGUGGUGGAGGGGAAGACCGGUCACCCUCCAUCUUUAACUUGUUUUAAGUUGAAAAAUUGUUACUUGUCGUUAAUGCUGUUCCAUCACAAAUGUCAUAUUACAGUUGAUAUCUAUACUU